UCAAACACGGAAGUGUGAGUGUAGACAGAGCUGAAUAGCGGUUUAUUUCUCAACACACUCGUAAAGAGCAUCAUGUCUAUGGAUAUCACCUUCCUCGGGAGCGGGAGCGCGUACCCGUCUCCUCAUCGCGGCGCGUCCGCGCUAGUUUUAAGAACUGAAGGUGAAAACUGGCUGUUUGACUGCGGAGAGGGAACACAGACUCAGUUCAUGAGAAGUCAACUCAAAGCAAGCAAAAUCAACAAAGUCUUCAUAUCUCAUCUCCAUGGCGAUCAUGUCUUUGGUCUUCCUGGAUUGCUGUGCACCAUCAGUCUGAACUCGAACCCUCAACCGGAUCCACCUGCGUCCUGCGUGGACAUUUACGGCCCGCGAGGGUUAAGGCUCUUCUUGCGUGUGGCGUUGACGCUGUCGAGCUCUCAGCUGCUGUUCCCAUACGCUGUUCAUGAGCUUGAGACAUCAGAUGACCAGUGUCCCGAGGAGGGACGUCUCAGUGCCGCGCUGACCACGAGCGGUGACGCGCUUCACCCGCAGGAGCAGCCUGGCAGAACCAUACAGCUGGACCCCGACACUGACUGUUAUAACCUCAUCGACGACAAACAGUUUGUGGUGAAGGCCUUCAGGUUAUGUCACAGAGUUUCGUCGUUCGGGUUCUCGGUGGACGAGAAAGAACGUCCAGGACGCCUCAACACUGACCUUCUGAAAGAACUAGGUUUAAAGCCGGGACCUCUCUAUGGACGUCUGAAGAACGGAGAAUCCGUCACGCUCGAGAAUGGGCGCAUUUUGACCGCCGGUGAGGUGCUGGAGCCGCCUCUCAAGGGCCGCAAAGUUUGCGUGUUUGGGGACUGCAGCGCGCCGUUGGGGGAGGGGUUUAAAAGGGCGUGUCAGGGAGCCGACGUGUUGGUGCACGAGGCCACGCUGGAGGACGGGCAGCGCGAUAAGGCCGUUGAACAUGGGCACAGUACGCCUGGCAUGGCUGCUGGGGUGGCGCUGGCCUGCGGGGCUCGAACCCUGGUGCUUCAUCACUUCAGUCAACGCUACAAACCUGAAGCGCUGCGUCGGGACGGAGAGGAUGACGUAACGGAGCUCAGGUGCCAGGCGGAGCGCGUGCUGCAGGGGUCGGGGACACAGGUCGUUCUGGCCGAAGACUUUCUCACGCUGCCUAUAGCACUGAAAAAGAAUUUGUAGGACGUUUAUAGUCAUGUUUUAAUAUGGUGUUUUGUAAUAAAUUCAAUUUCAGCA